AGGAUUUACUAUUUAGAGUGGGUUUCCGAUUUAAAAUCAAGACCAAACACAAGAUAUCCUAAAUGUUCACCUUCCCUUCUAUUGUCUCUCCACAACUGUUACUUCCUUCAUGUUCCUAAAAGAUUCUUGAAAACUGUUAGCAAAUUUUGGGAAUGAAUUUUCUUUCGAAGAAUUGGAUGAUUCCCAUUUGGAUUUUGUCCUCUUUAAUCGUAGUUUUAGAGCCAACUGAAGCUAUAAGGACGUACCCUCCUCUCUCCUCCAUUGCUGAUCCUGUUCUUCCUACCGAGAAAAAGCCUCCAUUUUCUCGCAUACCCACGGACAAUGAAGCUCACUCUCCAGGAGUAUCAGAAAUCAAAGUCGUUCACCAUGAGGAUUUGAACACGACGAUUCUUAUCGCACUCAUCAUCGCUUCAACUCUCCUUGCUGCAAUCUUGCUGUUCUUAUUCUGUUUCUGGAUCUUUAAACAAAAGAAUACAGAACCCCUCAAUAUCAACAAACCCCCAAAAGGCCAAGAUUCUUCAAAAGGGUUAUCAUUGGGUCCAAUCUUGGACAAAUUUACCCCUACAAGAAUCACAACCGGUAGAAAGGGCUCUGCAACUGUUAUCGACUACGAAUGGUUGAUUUCUGCAACAAACGAUUUUCAUGAAGAUCAUAUCGUUCGUGUAGAUUCAUCUGGACAUAUUUAUAAAGCUCGAUUCAAUGAUCAUUUUGUUGCAGCUGUGAAAAGACUCCAUGGUAGAGGUCCAGAUACCCAAAGAGGAUUUGAGAAUGCUGUAGAUUGGUUAGGCAAAUUGAAGCAUCAAAAUAUCAUCAAUCUUUUGGGUUAUUGCAUUCAUGAUGAGAAUAGAUUUUUGGUGUAUGAAAUGAUGCAUCAAGGCUCUUUAGAAUCCCAAUUGCAUGGACCUUCUCAUGGAUCGGCUUUAACAUGGCAUCGUAGAAUGAAAGUUGCACUUGAUAUCGCAAGAGGAUUAGAGUAUCUUCAUGAACGAUGCAACCCACCUGUAAUUCACAGAGAUCUCAAAUCAUCAAACAUUUUGCUAGAUUCCAACUUCAAUGCUAAAAUAUCUGAUUUUGGACUCGCUACCACUGAGUUUCAUGUCAAAAACAAAGUAAAGCUUUCGGGAGCUUCAGGUUACGUGGCCCCUGAAUAUUUAUCAGAUGGUAAACUCACUGAUAAAAGUGAUGUGUAUGCAUUUGGAGUUAUCCUUCUUGAGCUUUUAAUAGGGAAAAGACCUGUGGAGAAAAUGUCACCUUCUUUAUUUCAAUCUAUUGUCACAUGGGCUGUUCCUCAGCUAACAGACAGAUCAAAGCUUCCAAACAUUGUUGAUCCUGUGAUUAGAGAUACAAUGGACUUGAAGCAUUUAUAUCAAGUUGCUGCUGUAGCUGUGCUUUGUGUUCAACCUGAACCGAGUUACAGGCCAUUGAUAACAGAUGUAUUGCAUUCAUUCAUUCCAUUGGUACCUGUUGAGCUUGGAGGAUCACUAAGAGCUUAAAAACUAAGAAACUCGUGAACGUUGGCUCCAUCUCAUUUAUCAUUUUGGGUAUCUAAUGAUGUUUUUGUGGGUGCUACAAUAGCUGUGUGUUAUGAGGUACGAGUGUACCUUUUGUACACGUGUCAAAAAAUCUGAUCUAAAGUUGUGAAGAGAGGGGUCAUACGUCAUAGUAAUAAUUUUUUUGGAACAAGAGAGUACGAUGUACAUGAGUUAACAUUUAAUGUAAUAGAAGAAGAGUAGAAGAA